UGAUUGAGAGCAGCGGGUGAGGCGCCACUGGGAGGAGAGAGAAGGAGUGUAACGCGCCCUCCCUCCUCCUCCUCCUCCCCUCUUCUCCCUCUUCCUCACACCUCCGGUGACGGAGAGGCAGGACGGAGUGUUCAUCAUGAGCUGCACCGUGACAAUCGGCGGUACUUUCUAAAUGGAGGAUCCGCGUCUCGUUCCCUCCGGAUCGCGGCAGCUGGCCUGAUGUGCGCCUCGUGAGCAGCAGCGACGGUGAUAAAGAAAGGAGACUUUAAGGCGAGGAGGCACGCGCACAUCUCUCCGGGUGUGAGCCUUCGUUCCGGUACACACUUCGCACAAACUGGGAGCGACUUGAUUGAGACAUGGGGUGCAGGCUUCCUAAGUUGCGGAAGGCGGAAGAGAGGCGAAGCCCGGGUAACAUCUACUCCACCCUCCGACGGCCACAGGUGGAGACUAAAGUGGGCGUGGCAUACACCUACCACUUCCUGGAUUUCCUUCUGGGGAAAGAAGAGGUGCCCGUGUCGUCGGUGCUCUGUCUCUCCUCGGUCAGGGAGCUACCGGUCCAGGUCCGGGAGCUCUACGCGCAGGGUUUCGUCCUGGUCGCCGUCCACCCGUUCGUCCACCCCUGCGGCCCGAGUCACGCGCACAUCCAGCGCCAGCUGCACCGGGCCGUGCUGGUCCGAGAGACGCCAAGGACUGAGAAAAGCCAACUGAGGUGCGGGAGACGUCACCAGGAGACGGACGUGUGCGUCACAUGUCAUCAGGCGGCCGACCUGCACUUGAUCCAGAGCUACGUCAAGAGGAUCCAGGAUGUAGCGGAGCAGGGAGUGAUGUUCGUGGGGUUUCUGCAGCAGCCGGGUGGAGGACCCUGCUACGUGGGUCACUGGGAUCCUGAAGAGCUGUCCUCCUUGCACUCGAGCCCCUCGCCCAUACGCCGACACCCCUUCAGCGCCAACAACAGCCCAACGGACCCCGCAGAACCGCAGCGUAAUGCCGCAGAACCUGACCACCGGCGCCCGGACCCUCGGGAGAUCGCUGACGUAGGUGCGGAGAGUCGGGAGCCGAGCCUCCGCCCCCUUAACCGGGAAGAGUCCGCUGAGCCGAUCCGGACGCUACAGAUGGGCCUCGAGGAGUCCAGCGUAGACCCGGCAGACCCCCGGGGGGGCCGGCAGAAGAAGAGCCAUCUACCGGACCUCAAAGAGUCCACAGAGAACCAUUUGAACCUCUCCAACCAGGGAGACGGACACAGUUCGAGCUCCGGCAGCUGGCCCAGCUCUCCUGAACUGGAUGGAAACCGGCAGAGCCGACUGACCGCGCACAACAACAACAACCACCACGUCCGGCUCAAGAGUUCUGAGAAAGAUCAGAACGCCACUUUGCCACCAGCGCAGGGAGGGAUGCAGCUCUUCGCCUUGUACAACCACACGGGAGAGAUGGACGCCUCUCCGAGGUUCUACUCCCUCAGGGUGCCGCUGCUGGUGCAGAGGGAAGCCGGGCUGAUCACGGACGUCGACACGCACUGGCUGGACCACAUGACUCAGCAUUUCACCAGCGGCGCGCACCUCGUCGACGGGUUCUUCCACCUCCGGGAUGAAAUCGACAACGGCGUUUCCUCCGUGGACGGUGUGUUCAUCUUCCAGAGCACCGCAGAGGAGACCACAAGCGCCUCCUACGACGCCAUCGUGGUUGAGCAGUGGACCGUUGUUGAUGGCGUCGUGGUGAAGACGGACUACAUCCCCCUGCUCCAGUCUCUGGCUCCGUAUGGAUGGAGGCUGAUGUGCGUGUUACCCACACCCAUCGUCAAGACAAACAGCGACGGGAGUUUGUCGACCAAGCAGAUCCUCUUCCUUCAGAGGCCUGUUUUGCAGCGCAAGAGAAAAGACUUCAAGAUGCGGAACCUCAGGGGUUGCGGCAAGGCAAAGAAAGGAUCUACUGGAGAAACUCAAGAAGACCGAGAGAACAUGUACCCGCUGAUGGACAAGCUGAGAAGAAACUCAAAAGACGACGACGACGAGGAAGAGGAAGGAAAAGAGGCUGAGGGGAGGAAGAGCAGGGACGGCGGAAGGAGCGAAGGAGCGAGCCUUCAAAGGGGCUUCUCGCACCUUUCCGGGAGCGGGGCUUCUUUUGAAGACGAGGAAGAGGAGACGGACAUCGAUAACAUCCCGCAGCGAGGGAAGCCGCAGAGGUGGACAGAUGUGUGUCAGAGAGUCGACGGAGGGGCGAGGGAGGAGCUGAAGACGGAGGAGCGCGUCAAGCAGCAGCUGUUUUCCGGCGUCUGUUGACACAUCGGGCACAGAGCUGAGGAGUUUACAACAAAAAGAAAAAAAAAGCCUUUUGAAAUAGCGUUUUAGUUUGUUUUAGUUCCAACCCAGAUGUGGUCAGACACGACGUUGCUAGUAUUCACGUACCGUUGCCUCGGCUUCAGUGUGCUUCGUCCAGGGUGUCCGCUGCGAGUCUUCAGGUCGUAGCUCUCAGUGGGGGAAGUUCUCUGCUCUGGGUCGGUGUUGCUUUUCGAUGUGUCCCUUCUAUGAAAUGAAGCGGUUCAAGGCCGAUAGAGGAAAACCUAAAGUCUGCAGGUUUGAGCAUUUGAUGCGAUCUUUCUGGCCGAUGGUUGUAUUUGACUUUUCUCGGAGUAGGACGGUUAAAAAGGGAGCACUGAUUUCAAGGGACUCACUGUAUUCUUUUUUAGACAAGAGACGGUGUUUGUUGUGCGCUGUAUUAGAGCCUGACGGACACGUGCAUCCACCAAAUAUAGCUCCGACUUUAGCUCGAAUCAUGAACUAAGACAUUGCAUAUGUCCUUUGUCAAAUAUCGUAUUUGAAUGAAUCUUCAUCACGUUCGAAACGCCUUUUCAAAAAAGAUUCCUUACAUUUGGAAGUUUUUUUUUUAUUAGCUGGGUUCUAAACCACAUGGAGACAAUACAUGCUACAAUUUAUUGGCCCUGAGCAUUAAAGGCUAAAUUCCUGUGAUGUGUAAAAGCCUUUUAUCCAGAGUAGCAGAAUUAUACUGUAAACCCAGAAUGUCACAUGAAAAACGGACCUUAAAAAGGUUUCUUCUUUUAGGGAAAAAAAACACUGUAUAAUAAGAAUCAACUCUUCAUUACUUAUUUCCUGGACCGCCUGUGUCGUGUAACAUGUCAGUCUUUAUAUAAAAGCACAGGUCAAUAAAGUGUUUCAAAACAGA